UACAUUGUCAGGGUGUUUUAGCAGGGUUUCGUCCACAUUAGCUAAAAAAAAUAUACUAUUUUUCUCGGGUUUCCAACCCUAGUUUUGAAGAAGACUCAAAUCAGUGAAUCAUUUUUGACUAGUUGAUAGAAACGUAUCGUCCAAUUGAACCGAUUCGUUAAAAUGAUUCGGAUUUUCCUACGCUGGAGCACCAAUUCUUUCACUGUCUAUGUGGAGCAUGAUGAUGUCAGACUGUGCGCCGGGAACUGUCAUCUCUGCCCUGCUGAAGCUUCCGUGACAGGAAAAUACAGAAGCAGAAUAUUAUCCCUCUGAUAAACAACAGAGGAAGCGCAAUCAUGGACAGCGAUGAUGACAACAUAGAGGAAAUGGUGGAAGGACCACUGGAUGAGGAUGACCAGCCUCAUGGUUUCUGCACUGUGACUUACUCCUCCAGCGACAGAUUUGAGGGACACUUUGUUCAUGGGGAGAAAAAUGGAAAAGGAAAAUUCUUCUUUUUUGAUGGCAGUAGGCUGGAGGGUUUCUAUGUGGAUGAUGCUUUGCAGGGCCAGGGCAUUUAUACUUAUGAGGAUGGGGGAGCAUUACAUGGGACUUACGUAGAUGGCGAGCUCAGUGGACCUGCUCAAGAGUUCAAUCCAGAAGGUCAGCUGGUCUUCAGGGGCCAGUACAAGGACAACAUUCACUAUGGCAUGUGCUGGAUCUACUACCCGGAUGGCGCCUGCAUGGUUGGGGAAGUGAAUGAAGAUGGAGAGAUGACUGGAAAGACUGUGGCUUAUGUUUAUCCUGAUGGGCGUACGGCUCUGUAUGGCUCCUUUGUUGAUGGAGAACUGAUUGAGGCCCAACUUGCCACUCUUACCACCCAAGAGAACAGCCGACCACACUUCACUGUUGAUCCAGAUAGUCCUGUUUACUGCUACGACAAAUCCACCUCGUCAUGUAUCACUGGUUAUAAACUGUUGCCUGACCCCUACGAAAGUCAACGUGUGUAUGUUGGACAGUCACUUAUUUCCGGAGCUGGAGAAGGGCUGUUUACAAAAAUUGAGGCUGAGGCUAACACAGUGAUGGCUUUUUAUAAUGGUGUCCGCAUUACACAUUUAGAGGUGGACAGUCGUGACUGGUCCCUGAAUGGGAACACUAUUUCAUUGGAUGAGGACACUGUGAUUGAUGUUCCGGAACCUUUCAAUCUGACGGAGAAUUAUUGUGCAUCUCUAGGUCACAAGGCCAAUCACUCCUUCACUCCCAAUUGCAAAUAUGAUCCGUACAUCCAUCCUCGUUUUGGGCAAAUAAAAUGCAUCCGAACAAUCCGUGCUGUGGAGAAAGAUGAAGAACUCACCGUUGCAUAUGGUUAUGACCAUGAGCCAUCGGGGAAAUUUGGUCCAGAGGCACCAGAAUGGUAUAGAAAGCAACUGCUGGAGUUUCAGCAGAGGGAGUAUGGAAAAGAUGCUGACGAGACCUGCUAAGACUCUUCUCACCAAAGCUGUCCUGAAAAAACAUGAUCUCUAUGAAACUCUACUUUGUUCUUUAACCUUCUUGCAGCUAAUGCCAACAUCUAAUCACUCUUGAACUGAUUUCUGGCAUCCUCAUCAGUUUACAAGGAUUGUAAAUGUGAAACCCUCACUCAGAUCACUGAGCAAACUGCUAAAUUAUAUGGUUCUACAGUGUGGAAGGACUACUAUGUGUGUCAGUUGGUGACUGAUUUAGUUGCACUACAAGAAUACAGAGACUGAAAAAUAGCAAGUGAUUUAAACGGAAUUUUGAUGGAAAUCCAUGAAGUGGAGUGGAGUUUUAAAGACUUUUGUCACUAUUUCUCGACUUGAGGUAUACAACCUCUUUCCCACAACUUGUGAAAACUAUGCAGUAUUAAACCAGUAUAGUCUCUGGAAUUAUUGUUGUGUAAACCAUUUUAUUUGAUUAUUAUUAUUAUUAUUUUGCAUGUACGAACAGCUACAGUUACGUUUAAAUAGGCUCAGUAUUACACGGACAAAACUGUUUAUAUGAAUUUUUUUUCCAAGAAAAACUGAAAAAUGUACACCAAUAAAAGAAAGUUAAGCAAGGUGUAUAUGUUGGGAAAAGACUGAACAGAAUGUACAGUAUUUGAGAAAAAGGCACAAAGUUGAGAAAAAUCUUUCUACUGAACUGAACUUCAGCCUUUGAUAUGCAAAAGCUAUCGACAAAACUUAUCAAUAAAAACUCCAGCAUAAAGCACAA